AUGGCCCUUCGAGGGAGAAACAUAGCACUUGCUGGCGCCGGGUGCUUUAUCGCCUGGGGCUAUGCGAUUAAUUGGUUCCCUGUGCUGCGCUGGGCGGGCCAUGCUUUCGUUGGGGGUGUGCUGCUAACCAUAGUCGCCCUGUUCGCCCUCGUGCUGCUCACCUCCCGCGGCAACCGACACCGCCAAUUUCGGAAAUCAGCACGACCGAGGGCCGCCGCCUUUCUCGCCCCGGACGCGUGGAGGACCGAGGUUGCCGCCCUCCGUCACCGCCAAACCUACGCCAAGGCGUCCCUCUAUCCCGAGUCCCCGAAGGUGUCGGCCGCUCUCGACGAGGUCCUCGAGUACAUCAUCCGCGAUUUCAUCCGCUCAUGGUACUCGGCCAUCAGCAAUAACCCCGUGUUUACCGACGAGGUCGACAAGGCCAUACGAUGUGCCCUCCUCCGCUUUCGCGACCGGCUGCAGGCCCAGGACCCCGCCGAGGUGCUCACCACCCGCCUCGUCCCCAUCCUGACUGCCCACUUCCGCCAUUUCUACGAUGCCGAGCGGUCGAUUAGAGGGCGGAAGUUGAACAGGUCGGUCACCGAGACGGAGGAACUGGACCUGGCUAUUGCAUCGAAAUAUAAGGAGGGGAAGCUGCACCCGGCCGCGAGCCUGGCCUUCUCGGACAUCAAGACGGCUCAGCAGGACCACCUGCGUCAGACAAUGUCAAAGAUUCUGCCCAUCGUCUUGCCCGAGAAGCUGCUUGCUUCCCGUGCGGUUUCGACACUGAUCCGGGAGGUCACCUCGUGCGCAGUCCUGUUCCCAGUGAUGCAGAUGUUAUCCGAACCAGAUACAUGGAACCAGUUGAUGGAGAACUACGGGCGGACCAUGCUUCAGGACCGUUCCACGGUUCGGAGACUGCGUGCCGCCCUGGACCAACACGCCUCCCCGACCCCCAAGGCCGGCAAACCAGUAGCCUUUCCACGUUUGACGCCUGUGGACAGCGAACGGAGGUUCGAGAAGUUUAUUAGGGCUAUUAGAAAGGUCAACAACCUCUCGGAUGCGAGGCGCUUCCGGAGCGAAGUCGCCAGUCAACUCAAGAGGGACUCCCAGCAGGAGAAUGUAGACCAGGUCUACUUGCGGCGCCUGGAGAUGGGCAAGAGAAUGUUAGAUCAAAGGGUUCAACAGCUGGCCGCUGGAGGUAGCCGACGAGCCUAUCAAGAAACGGUAGAAGUUGAUGUCCCGACCGAGUCUCGGUUGGAGCACGCGUCACUCGUCGACUUGCUGCGAGAUCCAUCUACCCUCUCCUAUUUUAUGGAGUACAUGGACCGGCAGCGGCUCAUGCCCAUGGUUCAGUUUUGGCUCGUCGUGGAUGGCUUUCGUAAUCCGUUGGAGGAUGAUGGACCGGAAGGAGAACAGCUGCCACUGCAAUUACCGCCGUGGACGGAAUCGGACAGGCUCGAUCUUGCUCAGAUCGAUGCCGCCUACCUCAGCAGGCCGGAGCUACACGUCCCGCCUUCUUCGAAACGGAUCAUCCAGGAGUUUCUCAGAGCCGGCAAACGGGCGACACCCGAGCAGUACUAUAGGGCGAGAAGAGAGAUUCUGCGGGCUCAAAGUGCAGCCCUAGAAGAAAUGCGCGCUCGGCAUCUGCAGAACUUCAAGCAGUCUGACCUUUUCUUCAAGGCGCUAGCCGCGGAGGAUGCCUCUAAACGUACCGCGUUGUCGAAUGCCAGAGCGAGAUCCCACUCACCCCUCCCGCGUAAUACACCCCAUACCUCUAAGCCCACGCCCGUGGCGCGCCUCGGCCCAAGAUUGCACACUGGGCCCAUCAACCGGCGAGGUGUAUCAAACGCCGAUCCGAAAACCAUGCCUGCUAACGGCGCUCUUGACUUUGACCCGCGACGGUCGAUGGGCGAGCCGCAUUCUCCACCCCCGUUAUUCGACGAGGACGAAGGAGGUGAUGAUAUGCUCGGCGAUUCUGUGGCGAGCCUCGACCAGGACGCGAACAAUACGCCCCCGAUGCCUGACACUAAGGUCGUCCAGGCAAUGGAACAAGCGCUGAAUAAUAUUCUCGAGGAGAGCCAGGCGCCAACGGUGGAGGACCUCAGGGCAUCGCUGUUUGAUGAUGACGUUGGAAGCAGUCUCUUCUCGCCAGCAGACGGUACGCCAAAGCAAAGAGUAUCACCAGCACCCACGCCCUCAUCUAGGCCGAAGAGGGGUUCAGUGGACAUGACAAGAACCAGUGGCAAUUUGCUCGAUGCUCUUGCUCCCCCGCAGCAACCGAGGUCGAGUCGAGGGUCAUUAGAUGCUCGCCGCUCCGGAGAACUUCCCCAGUCAAGUAGGGGUUCGCUAGAUGUUGACCGGUCGGGGAAAGGACAGGAUAAACCCAGCCUGGCGUCCCUGGGGCUCGUGAGCGCUGCAUCACGCAUCGGCGUGUUUGUCGAUGAUGACCUCUUUGGCGACGAUGAAAAGUUCCUUUCUGACGAGCCUUCCGAUUUGGACGACGACUUAAAUGCUGACGACGCUGAUGCCGUGCACGAGGCCGCUCCUGGCGAUCUUGGACUUGCCGAGGCAAUCACGGCUCUGACGAACGACAUUGACAAGCUGAACGCUCAAGACGCAGUAGUGAAUUCGCUUUUAAGGAAGGCGGAGUUGACCAACAACACCGCCGAGCUGAGGAUCUUGCGCAAGUCAAAAGCGAGUCUACAGAGAGAAAUACGACGCAAGGAGUUGCAGAGACAACAGUACGUCAUCCAGGAGAGCGACAACAGCCUUUACGGACGCUCCACUAUUAAGAUCAAGUCUAUCCGGCUGGAUAAGGAGGAAGAUGGACAAAUCCACCGCCGCUACAGCGAGUUCCUCGAGCUGCACCAGAAACUCCGAUCACACUACCCGUCAGUGCGCAACCUCGACUUUCCCCGCCGGCGCGUCGUCAUGAAACUCCAAAGCGAUUUCCUCCAGAAGCGCCGCGUCGGCCUCGAGAAAUACCUCAGCGAACUCCUCCUACUCCCCGACGUCUGCCGCAGCCGCGACCUGCGCGCCUUCCUCUCACAAAGCGACAUGAUGACGCGCCUUUACGACUCGGUCGCCGACGGCAUGGAGGACAUCCUCGGCAGCAUCCCCGUGCUCGACCAGCUCUCCCUCGCCGGCCAGAACCUCAUCGCCGCCGCCACCAGCCAGCUCGGCGCCAUGCCCCUGGCCGCCCUCGCCGACGGCGACCCUGCUGCCGCCGCAGCCGGCGGCCCCGCGGGCGUCAUGAUGAGCGCCGCCGAGGCCGAGGCCGAGCUGAACGCUUUUGACCGCGGCGGCCAAGGGUGGUUGUGGGCGCUGGUGCAAGAGGAUGCUCUGCUGCGCUAUGUGGGGCUGUUGAAGCAGGCGCUGUGGCCGGGUAACGCUGGUGGUGGUGGUGGUGGUGGCGAUGGGGAAGUGCCGCGCAAUGGCAGCAAUGUCAGGGUGCCCAGGACCAAGGCUGAGAAGGCGAGGACGCGCACCGAGGCGGGCUUGAUGCUGGCUACGCUGGUGCCGGAUUUGGUGGGCAGUGUGGUGGGGCGUGUGAAUGCGCAGGGCGCGAGCCGGAGGGUGUUUGCGGCGUUUAAUAAUGCGAGGCUGAAGUUUACGGUUUGGUUUGCAUGGCGGGCGUUGGACGGAGCGUUGAUUCUUCGUCAUCACAGAUGUCACUAA